AUGAAACGCCAAAAGAAAUCUAUCCAAGAAGAUGUGGAUAAACCCAAGAGAAAAAGAAUCACACCAGAGCAAUUUUGUUUAUUGACCGAGCUAUUCCAAGAAACCGAUACACCUAGUCAUGACAUACGUGAAGCACUAGCGAAGAAAUUGAAUAUGACGAAUCGUGAAGUUCAGGUAUGGUUUCAAAACCGCCGUGCAAAAGUGAAUCGCUCUCGCUUACAAGAGCACGAGGAACACAGUAUGAAGUCUAAUCAGAAUAAGAAAGUGAAAUUCAAUUAUUGGUCUUCAAAUACCAUUAGCAAUAACUCGUCUUCGUCUUCUUCGUUAGCCUCUUCUCCCUCUUUACCGCACGAGCUUAUCUUUCACCCAAAUGUAACACCCAUAGAUAUAUUAGCAACUGCAGCCGCUUAUGUUCAACAAUGGGACGAGAACAAGUUGGAGCGAAAAAGAAAACAACAAAUCCAGCACGAAGAGCAGCCAAAGAAGCAUAAAAGCUGGAGGCCAUGGCUUUAA